AUCAGAUUGGAACUUGGAAACCUGGACCCUCCUGUUGGAGCCUCAUUCACAGGGAAUGGCACUGACUCCUGUGAAUGUACUCUGGAAGGGUUGCUUGCUAUUCCAUUCAAACUGAUCGAACAGAAACAGCAGAGAAAGGUCUGAAAAGAAUCACCUGUUCAACUGCUUAAUGACAAGUUCAUAAUUGUCAAGAAUCAUAACCCAAUGCCUGUGGUAUCUGUAGAGAAGAAAUGGACCCCUGGGUUCUAGACGGCGACAGUUACUCGUUCCUUCGUAGUGCACCACGCACAUUCAACCUGCAAAAUCUUGACGCGCCAAACCGCGUGGAGAUCUUCGACAUCACCGCAAUACCCAGCCACCGUAGUGCCAUAUCUGAAACCACCUGCUUGUGUGACAUUUUUGGGGAUGAUUCGGAAUCCCCAUCACUUUCCAAUAACCCUUCCUCUACCACAUUUCUUCGGAAGGAAACGGAACAAACGGAACAGACUUUACCAGCGGACGAUGCCAACGAUUCUUCAGGGUCUUAUCAUACUGCCUGUGGAUCUGACUUGGGUGAUACCAGUGAAGUCGCUUACUCCACACCUUCCCCAGAAAAUAUAAAGGAUGUUUCCACAUUUGAUACACAUUCCUCACCAAUUGAUUCGACUUUCUUCUCAGACUCCAAAAUUGGACCUUUUCAUUGCACACCGCCUCCAACUUGUGUAAAUUGUGAUGACCUUUCACAUGCAGAGAACUGGGAAGAACCCCAAGUGUCGGUGAGCAUCGGCGUUGUGAAUGAAACAGAAAAGAUGAAUGUGUCUGAACCACAGUAUUUGAAUUCAGCUACAAGCCUGAAUGCUUCAGAAAAUGAAUCUUGGGAGGACAGAGAACCUUCCUUCAAUGAGAAAGAAGUGAAUACAACACCUGAACAUACAAACACAAGCCCAAUUUUAGAUAAUGUAGUUUCUUCUGAAAACACAGAAGGAAUGUACAAUCAUAGUUCACAACAUGAAGAUUUUCUUUCACAACCGAUGGCUAUUAAUAGUAGAAUUUCUUCAGAACUGUACAACACUCCUUCAACGGAACAUAACUUUAGCCCAAUUGCCCAGGUUUCUACUUCACCUCCAAACAGAGAUAUUAAUUCCCCACCUGAGCUCAAAGUGAUAUCUUCCCUCUCCCCUGUAGGCAGAGAAAUUAGUUGCACACCUCUUUCCUCCGGUAAAUCUUCACCUGCCCCCCUGAAUUUAGGUGCAGGUCAAGAGGAGAACAAACUGGAGUUUCAAGACUUGACGGACACAUGUCGCACAACUUCUCUAGCCACAUAUCGCACUGAUGAUAACAUGGAAAUAGAUUCCCCAACUAUGUCUACUGCAACAAGAGACUAUGUGUGUUCCACAGGAGCCAGAGAGGCACCAGCAUCAUCUGAGAUCAGCAACAUCUGCUCCUCUCCCGAUGUCCAUUCACCUGCUCGUUCACCAGAACUAGUAAUCAUUCACUCUCCUCUGGGUUAUACCAUCAGUCCAUCACCUACAAAUGACAGGAAGGUUUAUUCAACUGAACCUGAAGACUCAGCUCCUCCCUCCUCUGAAAUUGAUCAUCAUGAAAUCUGUUCAGCUCCUGCUCACUCACCAAAACCAGUACUAAUUCAUUCACCUCAGAGUUAUUUCAACAACCCGUCUCCAACAAAUGGGAGAGAGGUUUAUUCAACUGAACCUGAAGCCUCACCAUCCCCACAUGAGAUUGAUCGCCAUGAAAUCUGUUCAGCUCCAGCUCACUCACCAGAGCCAGUAAUAAUCCCCUCACCUCAGAGUUAUACCAACAACCCAUCUCCAACAAGUGAGAGAGAGGUUUAUUCAACUGAACCCGAAGCCUCACCAUCCCCACAUGAGAUUGAUCGCCAUGAAAUCUGUUUAGCUCCAGCCCACUCACCAGAACCAGUAAUAAUCCACUCACCUCAGAAUUAUACCAACAACCCAUCUCCAACAAGUGAGAGAGAGGUUUAUUCAACUGAACCCGAAGCCUCACCAUCCCCACAUGAGAUUUAUCGCCAUGAAAUCUGUUCAGCUCCAGCCCACUCACCAGAACCCGUAAUAAUCCACUCACCUCAGAGUUAUACCAACAACCCAUCUCCAACAAGUGAGAGAGAGGUUUUUUCAACUGAGCCUGAAGCCUAUUCAUCCUCCCCUGUCAUCACAGGCAUUGAUUACAGUGAUAUCUGCUCUUCACCUGACCACUCCAUUCUGGAUCAUUCAACAGAACCCGAAACAAAUCACUUGACCAGUGAUUAUACUAUUAGCCCAUCACCUACGAAUGAAAGAAAGGUGUUUUCAGUGGAAUGUGAUGAUCUACCAACCUCACCAGCCAUCACAAGAACUGACUAUGUACUGACGCCAGCAUACAGUCAAGGUUCCACACCUGAGUUAAGAAGCAUCACCUCCACUCCAAACAGCAGACAAAACUACCUAACACCAGAACCUACUUCACCAGCCCCUUCACUUGAACGGAGAUCAGUCACCUACUCACCUGAAAUACGGACAAUGUCAUAUAGUUUUUUGCCACAAAAUACUAACUCCCCUACCAUUGAGGGCUUUGCAAGUGGUGCAGUUUCAUUAGCUGAGAUUUUAGCACCUGAGGUAGAGAAAACCGUCUGUGGGAACUGUUCAGAAAUGUCUAACUCUCUUUUUGGAGAAGAUGCCUCUGUCUCACCUGUCUCAAGGAAUGUUUUGUCAACACAAGGGAGCAUAUCAAGACCCUCAUCAAAUGCUUCAGAUCACAACAGAGAUACGGCAUUAUCCCCUGAUCUUCAACCAUCGGCACUGGAAUCAUCAACUUCUCUUGAGCAGAUGGAAGAUCAGCCUUCACCCAUUAUGUGUGAGAGAGUAAAUCCUUCUCUAUGCCCAAUGGAAAGCAGACAUUGUGAUGACCUCGCUCACACAGAAACCUUUCAACAAACUACAACAGUCCUGGAUGAAUGUAGAAAUGCCACACAACAUGCUCUCAGCCAAAUGCCUAUCUUGCAAGAUCCACACACAAGCACGACAACAGAAGUACAAAUAGAAAAAGUGCAAGAAGUUGUCAUUGAUGGCACGGAUUUAAAUACAGAAUCUGUUGAAAUUAAACAACAUAAUUUAGAUGUUUACGAUAAGAGUGAAACAGAAAUGUUAAAGAAUGAUACUGCAAAUACUAACGUGAAGUUUAGCCAACUGCCUGUGGCAUUAAAUGAAAGCCCUCAAGCGAUUUAUAAGGAUAAUGUGGGAGAAUAUGACAGACAGCCAUGCAAAGAGAAAGAGGAGAGUGGAAAGAGAGGGGGUGAAGGGGUUGAUACUAUGGGAGAGGGUAGAUACAGAGGGGAACAGGUUGAGCUGUCAUUCAGUGCCAGGAAUAGAAAAGGGCCUGCAGCCCACAGCCUAGCUCUCUCAAGUCGAGACCCAAAGUCAGGAAUUCCAGCUCGCUGUUAUUUUGAGUCGCACCCAACGGCUCCACUACAACAGAGUCAGCUUAGAGCACAGGGCUCACAACAAGAGAACAAGAGUGGCGCCAGGAGGCUUCAGUCAUCCGUCCAGGGUAAAUUCAGCAGUGCAGGCUUUCUUCCUCCAGAGUGUCUUGUUGAGACCUCCAGCAUGGGAAGUGAGUUUGACGACGCUGACAAUGAAGUGAAGUGGUUUACAGAUCUGGCCUUCACAAGCCUCUCUAGCCCUCCGGUGGAUUAUUUGGAUGUGUACAAUUCAAGCCACAGGUCUUCUACAAAUGUGUCACAGCCAUCUACGAAUGUGGACAGCCCUGGUGCUGUCGCCUGGAUGAACUACGCAGACUUGCGUGGCUCAACGUUGCAUGAUCAUAAUGACUUGUUGCAUAGCUCCUCCUUUGUACCACAUGACGGCCUGGACCCUGCCAAAAGCUUUGAGAUGGGGAGUUUUGAGUGCGUGGAUGUUGUGUUAGAGACGAAGGAAGAGUCAAGCAGAAAAAAGAGGACGGUACCCAAAAGACAGAUCCAGCUGCUGAGGCGGAACACAGAUGAGUCAAAGCCUACACAAAACACUGAAAAUGUUUUGGAUUCACUAUCCACCCCUAGACUCUCAAAAGACACCUUUGUUCGUCAACAUAGCACACCAGUCUUCAUUCAAAAGGAGAUGUCCAGGGAGGAGCCAGCUUCACCUCAGAUAUACAGGAAAAGAGCAAUGCAGAAGUCAUUGUCUUUAGAUGAUGCCUCCCCUAAGACCCAAAUGGCCUCCUGCGUUAUCAAGAGCGUGCUGUCAAAGAAAAUGCAAGAUGCACAAAAAGAACCUUUAGGAGAUUUAAGUCCUACUGGAUAUAAAAACAGGCGUCCUGGUAUCAGUCCCAGCUCCUUUGAUGGAGUACCAAGUAGCACAGAGAAAUGUAGCUUAAGCUCUAGCCAACACUCGGAAAGUACUUUUUCAUCUGAAGAUUUUGCUUUUAAAGAGGAGAAAAGUCCACAGCCCCAACGUAAGAAAUGCGCUCCAAAAGUUCCUCCAAAACCAACUUUCAGACCUGCAUUCAUGCAUACUGGUGAAGUGGAGCUAACAAGAGAAGAAACUAGGCCCAAGCUGCUUUAUCCUUUUAAAGACAAAGCAUUUGUGAAACCAAAUGGCAAGAAUGAUAAGAAGGAGGGAAGGGGUGAUAACAAUAAGGACACAAGUGCUGCUGUUGGAACUCAAACAGUAACAAUGCAGAGAAGAAUGACAAGCAGAGACACAGAGCGACACACGACACAAGAAAACAGAAGACAACUUGGUGGUAAGAGCGUUUUUAUGUCAAAAACCCCAGAAAUAACUCUUAAACCUUCCACCAUCAAAGACAAAAAGAAGUCAUCUUUGAAAGUUUCACUAUCUCCUGAUAUAGAACGGUCCAGAGAAAUGUGUGAAUAUAAGUCAAUGGACAAAUCUGCAGAAGAUAUGGGAGUGAAUGUUACAAACACGAAAGAUAAUGACAAAACAAAAUCUGUUAUACAUAAAGUAAGGGAUGUAAGAAAAUUGGUUAAAAACACCUACAACCUGUCUUUCAAACCAUCAGCCUCUGCUGCAGAAGAUGCACCUAUUCAAGAGAAAAGAGAGAAGCCACCACAAGCUCAAGCCCUGCAAAUUGAAUGUAAAGCCAUAAGUUGGAAGGACAAGCAAACAGACAGUAAGGCAAUCCACAGGCAAGGUGGAACACAGGCUGUUGACAUUUCAAAAAUAUCACAACCACUGCUGGCCGCAGAGAUAAGCAGAGAUAUUGAAGUCACUGAAAUAAAAUCUAAAGCCUCUUUGCCAAUGAUCCGGUCAAAAGAUUCCCAGUGUACAACCUUUGGUGGAUUAAAUGAACCUGAUAAAAUUACUGAGAGAUCUUCCGGUCACUGUAAUAUGAGUGCCAUGCAAGCGAUGCCCCCUAGACCUCCUAGUAAGGACAGAGAGGUUGCUGCAUUAAUGGUUCUCCAGGAUGGCACAUCCAAAAUUCAGAACACUUUUGAAUCUACAAUUGCUGACUCUAAUCACAUAAAAGCAACAAGUAGCAGUCAUUCUGUGUCCAUGCUACUGAAAGAAAAAGGAAUGCAGGCUGACAUUGGAGUGUGUGGAGUUAUAAGUGUUGGUGCGAGUGCUACAGCUAAACAUGUGAAUAGACUUGAGGUACCUUUACAGGGUUGUUUAUCAGAAGCUCAAGCAAGUUCGAGCUUGGGCAAUGCAAUACUUGACAACAAAUCUUUAAAGACAAGCCACUGUCAAAAUACCCCACAGUUAAAACCAAAGGAGCAAGGCAAGAGUGCCGAGGUAACGCUAGCAAAGGAAUCCCUGUUGCAACCCAGAAAGGAACAGGACAAGACAGAUAUAUCUGCAACCACAACUAUGACACAAAUUGCAACUAAUCUGACAUCUUGCAAACCAGUGUUGAGGUCUAUUUCAACUAAUAUAAAAAACAACGCCACGCCGGCAACUGGAUCAAAGGAGAUUGAAUUACCUAUACAAGUGAGGUCAAUAUCCAGUGACAGACUUAAGCCAUUUGUACCACCAAAACCCAGCUAUAAACAGUCAUUGGCAGAAACUAAGUCAAGUGACCCACCUAAACCAGAUACUCAGACAACAUGUGUUGUUCAACAGCAAACCAAGUUAUCGAAUGAACUGAAGAAAAAUGAUGUGAAUAAGGAUCAGCUGAACGAGGUCUCAUCAAACAAAACAAAAAAACUGGCUGUAUCAGCUGUAUCAAGCUGCAAACCACCACCCAUCCCAGUAACAACAACUCCAAGUACAGUUCAGAAAUCCACAAGAUUUGCCAGUGUGGAUCAACCCCAAUCUUCAUCUUUCUUGCAAGCAACCAGUACUUCCCAGCAAAUGACCACAUCAUUUAUUCAAGACCAUUCAAUCUUAGCUAGUUCCUUUGCUUCCAACCCUUCUGACAAACACACUGGUCCACAGACUCACAGCCAAACACAACCUGUGUCAAGACCAUCAUCAAAUAACCGAUUUCACACAGAAGACUAUCGCUUCUAUGCUUCGGAUGACCCUCCCAGCUACGAUGAGAGAGAGAGCUUCAGCCCGGUACGGGUGUCAGAUUUGCCCCAGCAAAGGGGGUAUCGUCCAAGCACUAAACAAUCUCCAUGUUCUUGCACACAAACAUCCCAACCACAAGGCAGGACACCACCAGCCUCCCCAAGCCAAGUUCUAAGCUUUCCAAAUGCUCCUCCACAGGCUCAGGUUAGACCUCACCAGUCCAGGCCAGACGGCCAGGCCCUAAAUUACUCGCCAGUCUCAACCAAUUCCUCAGCUCCCCAUUCCUCAGCUCUGGUUCAGCCUUUACACCACCCACGAGCCUGCCCUGUCCCAAACACACAAUCCUAUAGUGAUGACCAACUGCCAGUUUCCGGGCCACGUCCGGAAAGGCGACCUAAUCACUCGCCACAAGUGGUAGGUCCUGCAUCCUAUCAUGAGUAUGCUCAUUCAGCUAACAUGCCACAGUUGUUUAAUCCUCAAGAAUUACCACCAUCCUUUGGUCAUGACUAUGGACAUGACGGACCAGGUGGAGCAAGUGUACUGUAUCCAGAAAAUGCAAGUGGGAUCAGCUGUGGCCAAGCUCCUCGUCGUGUCCUCCUCGAUCCAGACACUGGUAAAUACUUUUAUGUUGAGGUACCAAUGCAGCCGCUCAGAAAAAUGCUGUUCGAUCCCGAAUUGGGGCAGUAUGUAGAAGUUCUCAUACCGCAGCAGGCGAUGUCCCACUCUGGCCUGUAUCCACCAGCUGCACCACCAUACUCCUCUCUGCACAAUCAAGGGUUGUAUGCACCACAGUAUCUACCGUAUGCAGUGCCGUCUUACCAGGCAAUUCCCAGCGGAUCACAGCAAGUGCGCCAUCCAGAAGCGCCUCACCUCCCCACCACACUUCACCAGACGUCCUUAAGGUAUGGAAGCCCUGCGAGCCAGAUCCCAAGAAAUGAUCCAAAAGGCCACUCAUCUCUAGAUCAAAGCUAUUUAGAGAGCAUGUAUUACAUUCCCACUGGAAUCAACGCAAGCCCAAAUUCUAACCCUUCAGACUGUUACCACAAGCCAACUUCAAAUCUGCCUCCUGGAGGAAGAAGGGUAUGAAACGUGUGGUCUGUUUACACUUUGAUAUUCUAUUUUUUGGUUUAUAAAAAGACAACAUUUAUAGUCAAAAGUUGUAAUUCGUCAAUUGGAAGAUUAAUAAUGCAGCACUAAUGUCAUUUGUCUUCUGCUCUUAUUAAAUAAAUAUAAGUCCCCAGAAAUCUUUAUUGAUAUGUCAUAUACAACGCUUUUCAUUCUCGUGUUCUUUAACAUUUAUCUCAAACCCUUCACUUUCCUCUUAUGUAUAGCACGUGCAGUGGUGGGUCGAGCUUCAGUCAAAAAUGUCUUUAUUGCACACUCUUGAAAUUUACAAGUAUUUAUAAAGGGAUUUAUUUUAUUGCAGCUAUCAUGUCGUGUUCAGCAUUUUCACUUUGCUUCUUGAAUGCACUAUGCCAUAACAUGUUGUUAGCCUUUGAUGUGUACUGGCAUGUCAAUGUAGGCUGCUUUAUAGGGCAUAAUCUGGCUGAAGAAGUUCCUCGAGGGUUAAUCAGGACUGCACAUGUUUUCGAUCAUCAGAAGAUUAUAAUGUACUGUUUUUUACACACAGAUGCAACGAAUUAAAGGUAAUUGUG